UUUAUCUUUUUCAGGACCGAAAAAGUACAGAUGUCGCUUAUCUUUCGUGCGAGCAACAAAAGAGAAUCGAACUAAAAUGGCACGUGCAAGGGAGUCGAUAAUUGAGCUUCAGAAUAGCCAACGUCCCUGUUUUCUCUAUAAAAAUGAUAACUGUAAGAGUGUUACUACUUGCCACGGAAAUCCUCAUCUUCAGUCAAAAAAUUUUACGUCUUUGGAGGAUGGCUCAUUAUUUCCUUCAUGGAAGAUGAUGACGUCCUUCCUCCCGAAAUGGGAUCAACCUGUACCUGAUGACUGGGAGACUAUCGAGGGAGAGUUUUAUAUGAUCGGGUGUUCAUAUGUGAGCCGGGUGUCCACCUAUACGUCACUUGCACCAAAUGCUAAAUUUGAUGAUGACACUAUUUGGUUAACUUUGUUACAAGGUCACGUACCUCGUAUAUGCGUUCCUUACGUUUUAAUUGCUAUGAGAGAAGGCAAACAUGUGAAUUCCUCCUUCGUGGAUACCAUUCCAGUUCUGGCGUUUCGUCUAGAACCGUUUGACAGUAGAAGUGACUUCGCUAUUGAUGGGGAUUACAUGAAAUGUCAACCUUUGCAGGGAGAAAUCCUCCCAUUUACAAUUAAUGUCAUGUCCAGGUAAAUAGGUGUUGAAUCACAAUUAUAGAACAAUUUAUAUGAGCAGAAGACAUUUAUUCUAUAAGGUAGGCCUAAAAACUUGUGGAACAAUGUAUAUGAGCAGAAGUCUCGCACGUUUAAUCUAUAAAGUAGGCCUAACCAUACCGAGUCUAUAGAACUCGCAAAAUAGUAUUGUACUAUAGCAGUUGUAAUAGUAAUGAUUUGUUUGGUGAACCAUUAUUUUAAUUAGAUUAACCAAUCACAGUGCAUUGU